CCUGGGAGGAGACGGAGGGAGAGACAGGAGCGCCGCGCUGCAGGCAGACAGGCGGGGGCAGUCGCUGACUCAAAGCUGACGGCGGAGUUUCCUCCAGGCAGCCCGGGCUCUGGCUCAGCACGUCGGUGCGGCUCAGGCCCUCAGCCUCAUGAUUCAUCCCCCCGGGCGGCUCAAAAGCUCCAGCCGUCCCAGCCCCGGGCUCCAGCCCUGAAGUCCGGACUCGGAGAAGAUGCGGGGGCUCCGCCCGGCGCUCCGGACCCUGGUGCUGGCGCUGUGCGCGGCGGGACUCCAGGGUAACAUCUGUACCACUCGCGGGGUGAAUUCCUGCAAGCAGUGUCUGGCCGUGAGCCCGCUGUGUGCAUGGUGCUUCCAGGAGGGCUUGGGGCAGGGAACCCCUCGCUGCGACCUGAAAAAGAACCUCCUCCAAAAUGGCUGCACGCAGGAUUUCAUCGAGUACCCGGUCAGCAGCAUGGAAAUCCUAGAGGACAAGCCACUCAGUAACACCGGCUCUGGACAGACCGUCACCACUCAAAUGAGCCCUCAGAAAAUUGAACUGCACCUGCGGCCAGAUGACUCCCGGAACUUCUCCGUCCAAGUGCGCCAGGUGGAGGACUACCCAGUAGACAUCUACUACCUGAUGGACCUGUCCAAUUCCAUGAAGGAUGAUCUCCACAACAUCCAGAGCCUGGGCACCAAGCUAGCCACUGAGAUGCGCAAGCUGACCAGCAACCUGCGGAUCGGCUUCGGGGCCUUUGUGGACAAGCCCAUCUCGCCGUACAUGUACAUCUCCCCGCAAGAAGCCAUCGACAACCCGUGCUACGAGAUCGACCAAACUUGCCUGCCCAUGUUCGGCUACAAACACGUCCUGACGCUCACGGACGAGGUGACCCGCUUCAACGAGGAGGUGCGCAAGCAGAGCGUCUCACGGAACCGCGACGCGCCCGAAGGGGGGUUCGAUGCCAUCAUCCAAGCGACCGUCUGUGACGAGAAGAUCGGCUGGAGGAAUGAUGCUAGUCACCUGCUGGUCUUCACGACAGACGCCAAGACCCACAUCGCUCUGGAUGGGCGGCUGGCGGGGAUCGUCCAGCCCAAUGACGGGCAGUGCCACAUUGGCAAGGAUAAUCUCUACUCGGCCUCUACUACACUGGACUAUCCCUCGCUGGGCCUGAUGACUGAGAAACUCUCCCAGAAAAACAUCAACUUGAUCUUUGCCGUGACGGAGACCGUGGUCGGCCUCUACAAGAACUACAGCGAGCUGAUUCCCGGCACCACUGUGGGGACCCUGUCCAGAGACUCCAGCAACGUCCUGCAGCUCAUUCUGGAGUCCUAUGGGAAAAUCCGCUCCAAGGUGGAGCUGGAGGUGCGAGACCUGCCCGAGGAGCUGUCCCUCUCCUUCAACGCCACCUGCCUCAACGACGAGGUCAUUCAGGGACUCAAGUCCUGCGUGGGACUCAAGAUAGGAGACACGGUGAGCUUCAGCAUCGAAGCCAAGGUGCGGGGCUGCCCCCAGCAGCGGCAGAAAUCCUUCACUAUCAAGCCCGUGGGCUUCAAGGACAGCCUGACGGUGGUGGUGAACUUCGACUGCGACUGUGCCUGCCAGCAGCACGCCGAGCCCGACAGCCCCACCUGCAACCAGGGCAACGGCACCUUCGAGUGCGGCGUCUGCCGCUGCUACCAGGGCCGGCUGGGCUCCCGCUGCGAGUGCUCCGAGGAGGAGUACAGCCCCGCGCAGCAGGACAACUGCAGCCCCGGCGCGGGGCAGCCCCUGUGCAGCCAGCGGGGCGAGUGCCUCUGCGGCCAGUGCGUCUGCCACACCAGCGACUUCGGCAAGGUGACCGGCAAGUACUGCGAGUGCGACGACUUCUCCUGCGUCCGCUUCAAGGGCGAGAUGUGCUCGGGCCACGGGCAGUGCAGCUGUGGGGACUGCCUGUGCGACUCGGACUGGAUGGGGGACUAUUGCAACUGCACUACCCGCACCGACACCUGCAUGUCCGGCAACGGCCUGGUGUGCAGCGGGCACGGCCUCUGCCAGUGCGGGAAAUGCGAGUGCACCCAGGCCGGCUCCUACGGGGACACCUGCGAGAAGUGCCCCACCUGCCCUGAUGCCUGCACCAUCAAGAAGGAGUGCGUGGAGUGUAAGAAGUUUGAGAGGGGGACCCUGAAAGAGCAGCAAACCUGCAGCCGCACCUGCCGGGACGAGAUCCAGGAAGUGCAGGAACUCGGUGACACGGGUAAAGACGCGGUGAACUGCACCUACAAGGAUGAGAACGACUGUGUGGUACGGUUCCAGUAUUAUGAGGACUCCAGCGGGAAAUCCAUCCUUUAUGUCGAGGAGCCAGACUGUCCCAAGGGGCCAGACGUCCUGAUGGUUCUGCUCGUGGUGGCGGGAGCCAUCCUGCUCAUCGGCCUGGCCGCCCUGUUCAUCUGGAAGCUCCUGAUCACCGUCCACGACCGGCGGGAGUUCGCCAGGUUCGAGGAAGAGAGGGCCCGGGCGAAAUGGGACACGGCCAACAACCCCUUAUACAAAGGCGCCACCUCCACCUUCACUAACAUCACGUACCGCGGGAAUUCGUAAAGAGGCCCGCCUUCCCCGGCGCCGGCCCUGGGAUCCGCUCCAGUGCUGGAGCGUUUCAUGUUUACAGAAGAGCCGGUGUGGGGGUGUCUGUGUAAUUUAAUGAUGAUCCCUCAGGCUGGGGCCAAGGACUUGGCGUCCGUGUCACUUCACUGUAUCACAGGGCUGGGCCUCUCCAGCCACGCCACUGUCCCAUCGUUACCUCGGCGUGCCCAGGGGAGGCCUGCCCUUCUGCACAUGGAACAAGGAGAAGUCGGCCUCGCCGCGGCGUGCAUGCAGGCCGACCCGCAGGGACUGGGAGCUCCGUUCGAGAUGGGAGUGUUCGUGGCUGAGUCUGAUGGAGGAUGGACGAGAACAGCGCGGCCUCAGCCCAUCUCCCUGCCUUUCUCCAGCCCGGAAGGAAAAGCUCUGAAUGGCCUUCCUCCCCAUGCGGGGCACGUCCUGCACACGACUAGCCCAGCCUGGGUGCAGGACCCGCCUCCCCGACUGGGCAGUGCUGCUCCCCUCCUGGCCCGCUAGCAGAAAGCGCUGCCCUGGAGGGACGCCGGACCUGCUCCCACAGUGGGCCACUUUGCAGUCACAGGUUCCUGACUCUGGUCCGGCUGCUUCCUAGGAAGGUAGAAACCAUGCAACCCCCAAGAACGCCCUGGCCAGGCCGUGCGCUGCUUCCUCGCCCCGCACCGCCUCGCGUUUGUACACAAAGCAGAUGACUGUAGCAUCCGCUCUGCCAGUGCCCCAGCGGCUCCCUGACCCCGGGGGCAGGUUGGCUGCGUGCUGGGCCGAGGCCCCUGUGUCAGUUCUCACCCCUGUGACACAGGGGAACACAACGGAGUGUGACACCAGCUCUCCCCGGACCUGCCCCACCCCAGCCUAGAUCCACCAGGGUUUCCAACCCACAGCAAGCAGCCAACAGACCUGGUGUGUCACACAGGGCCACUCAGGUCCCCCCCACCCCCUGCCUCGGUUUCCCCCUCUGUACCAUGAUGCUGAUGCUCCUUUGCAAUCAAGCGCUGGGAAGUGCUAGAUAGUGGUAAUGCAAAGAAACGAAUAAGGGGCACUCCAGCCACUAGUGUGGGGCCAAAUUCCCCCCAGGUGUUACUGCAAGGAAGUGGGACACUGGGGAAUUGGCCUCUGGGACACAACCUCUUAUCUCUCUCUCUGGAACAGCAGCCAAAGAUUGGGGGGUGCUUCCUGCUGAGGGGCUAGCGUAAGAGACACGGGCUCAGGGCUCCCAGGUUCUCCUCCUGCUUCAGCCACUAGCUCCCUGCACGACUUUGGCUGUGCCAUGCCAGGCCUCAGUUUCCCCAUCUGCCAAAAAUGGGUCUCCUGGCCCAUACCUACCUCCCAGGUGGCUUGCGGGGCUUUGUGAGUGAAUGUUAAAGUGCUUUGAGAUCCUCAGCUGGGCAAUGUUCCAGCCAGGAUACGUGAGAUUGUCACUCCCACCAGUGGUUUUGUGGGGCAAGGGAAGGGGGAACGUCGUCAGCUUUCCAAGCCCGAGCUAGGGAGCAAAUUCCCCUCCUUGCAGGACAGCGGCCAAGGCCUGUUUUCGGGCCGUGCCUGGAACCCGCGCUGCCCACGAGUUCUUGGUGGCUACUCUGCAGGUCAAGCAGCAGCAGAGUCAGACAUGCUGCCCCCUGCCCUGGAUGGGCACCAGCACCGCCCCCUCCUGCCAGGGCAAGGAGCUACCCCACAGCUCUUCCCUCCUGAGCGGCUGCAACCCAGGUCCCCAGAGCCUGCAGCACAGGGCAGGGAUGGCUGGCAUCCAUGCCCAGCUCCACUUUAGCUACUGUCUGCUCCCUUUGGCGUCUAGACUACGUCAACCCAGGAUAGUCGCGAGGUGCCCCCCUGACCUCCCAGAGGCACCUGCAGGGGCAUGGGGGUGGAGCUCUGAUGCCAGCUGGCUGCCCCUUUGAGAACAAGGGUAAGAUCCCGAGGGCUGGGGAGAGGAGGGGAGUUUGGGUCUGUCUCCUACAUGGUGCGAACUCCAGAACUGAUCACAAACGAGCCCAGGGCGCAACUGAGAUCGGCCCAACCUCAGACUUUGCAUACAGCACCGAAUAAAAAAGUUUUGCACUAUCAA